GGAAGAGGCAAACUCCAGCAUGACCACCGAACAAAUUGCACCGAACUCGAAAUUCUCCUCCCAUUAUCCUCGUAAAAUCUUGUGAGAAGUGCAAGCUCUACCAUACACCCAGUCAGAUACUCUGCCAUUAUUAUUCUCUCACCCUCCAACCCAUCCUCGGCAUCUUCAACACCCCUUGCUCCUCGUAGACAUGCCUCCUAAAAGGAGAACAAGAGUAGCUGACAGCACCACCGUCGCUGCUGCAAACGGGCGUGCAGCGCAGAACAAACAGGGGCAUCCUCCGAAGCGACCCGCCUUGUCUCUUCUGGAUACCGACACCGACGGCAAAAAGCCACCCGCGCCGAAACGACCCGUGAAGAGAGCGCGGAAGAGCCAGACACAGCCGCUGCGGACUAGGUCUAGUAGUCAUGGACAUGGACAAGAAGACGAUGAUGCGGACGAUGACGAUGAUGGUGGGGAUGCGGAUAUUCCAGAAAGACAGGUUGCGAAUAUCAAUCGCAAACGGAGCAAGCCUCGCAAUGCACCGCCGGCGACGGUCGAAGAGUACUUGAUGGAGCAGACCCAGCUGGCCAAGGAGUUCUUGAAGGGCUUCAAGGCGGAGCUGUUGGAAAGUCAAAGUCGGGCGGAGGAGAGUCUGGCGAAGUUCAAGCGGGAGUUACACAACGUCCAGACCAACGACGAGAAAGACUUUCGCAAAGUCUACACGACCCUGAAGGCGGCCACAUUGGACAAAACGAAGAAUCCCAACGGCAUCAAGGAAAUGAACCCUUUGUUUACCAAAGGGGAACAACUCACCAAGAUAUGUCGCGACAUCCUCCAACGCCAUCAGAUCGCCGACAGAGACUCGCAGCAGCACAAGCCAACUGUACCACGAGAGAUCUGGGAGCAGGACCAUCAGAAAAUGCGACAGUUGCUGGACUACGGGAAGAAGUACGGAGAGAAUUUGGUGGAGGGAAUCAUCAGUCCCGAUGUUAAGAGUGAUGAUGGUCCAUCCAAAGAUGGGGAGAAGGAAGACGGCUUGAGUGAACCCGAGACACUUGCUGUUGGGUUGUUCGAGAAGUCGAAGAAGAAGAGUGGAGAGACGGAGACUUGGGGGAGGGUUGCACACGCCCAGGUGAAGGCUUUGGCAGCUGUUGUUAGGACUGUGCCGUAGAGUGAGUAUGGGAUGUUGAGGGCGGAGGGAGGAGCUUAUGAGGCAGCGUGGACUCUUAACAUGAUGGUUUUGUGUUUUCUGGAAGCCAUCAAGAGGAAAUCUGUCAAGGAAACGAUGUGGAGGGGAUGCUAGGUGUAGCUGGUGACUGUAGUCGAAUUUCUUCCGUUGGUAGUUUCUUGAACCAUGGCAGACACAUGCACGACUAUUCCAGGCACCUUCACCCUUUGGCAGACAUGGCAUUCAUCUGAUCUUUGGGUCAAGCAGAUGGUGUUGCCCCUG